AUGGUGGAAGAGCAUAAAGGCUACACGAGUGAGGUGGCAGAUGCCGCUCUUCUCAUUGAGCAGUGGAACGGUGUCAAAAACAACUUCAAGCCACUCACACCAAUCACAUCAUCUUACCGUCAGAAGGAUGUUGGCAUCUCGGGGGAUCCCAAAUUUCACGAGAUGAAGCACUUCCUCACCAGCCACUCACAUCAGGAUCGCCUGGUGGCUCGCGCCACUGGUGUUUCUGAGGGUGAUGAAUCUCCCCGGAAGGAAGGCGUUGACAUCAUGAACUCAAAAGCCAGGCAGCUUGCCCACGAGGCGCGGGGAAUGGAAAGCCCAGUGUCCAAGACGUCGUCGAACUUUACAGCAUCCCCUAGGUUUGCACUGACUGGCACAUCAACACUCACAAGCUCGUCGUGGGUGCCGCCUGCUGCGACAUCUUCGUCACAGUCUGGAGAAGUAUCCCCUACAAAGGUCGAAUCGCCACGAAAAGGACGUGAGGUGAUUCUUGGUGAAGAGGCAGAAGUACGAAGGCGACUGCAGUGGAGAGAGGAGCUUGACAGGAACUUACGUCGAUUGAUGACUGACGUUGAGCUGGGUCGGGAUCCGGCCAUGAAGCAUCACGGGCACAAGAUGGUGUGCGACCAGUUUGACCGGCUUUACGGCUGGUUCAAGGAUGCUGGAGAUAAAGAGGUGGCCAAGGAACAGCAAGGUCCCGCUUUUGUCCGCUACGACCCCGCCAAGCCCGUCGUGGAUGUUUUCGCGCCAGAGCAGGGCCAGGACUUUGCGACGUUCUCACUGCUUCUCGCGCUGGUUAUGCCGGAGUUACAUCACAGCACGCUGCUGCGGGGAGCCGGAGAGCUCAUGUCCGCUGUGAGAGACCGAAGAGAGACUGAAGAGACGGAAGGCGACGGAGGCGACCAGCAUGCCAUGGCCAUGGCCUGGCCCUUCCCUCAGCGCGGGUUUGCGCCGACGGCCGCGGCGGCUGCUGAGGAGGAGGCCGAUGUCGACGUUUUGCGCCUUGGUGGUGUUGGCCGGGACGGGCACACACGCCCGCUUUCGCCUCGAGCUCGGGCUGCGGCCAAGGACGUUGUCGGCCAGCUGGUGGAGGAAGAGUUGCACGAGCUAGUUAGAGGUAGCCACUUCGCAUGGUAUGGCCUGCCCGAGCCGGGCUACUACGUCGGCAACACACCAGCUAUCCCCCGGCUGCGGAUUCCGGCCUUGAAGAUGCAGGAUGCUGGCCAGGGCUUCCGAGACACGGAAUUUGGGACUGGCGGCACUUCAACAGCUUUCCCUAGCAUGCUGGCAUUGGCCUCAACUUGGGACGAAGACCUAGUUCGCUUGGUUGGAGGAGCGCUUGGUACAGAGUUCAAGGGCAAGGGGGCCAACUGUAUUUUGGGGCCAUCAAUCAACGUGCACCGUGCCGCGGCCGGUGGUCGAAACUUCGAGUACUUGUCGGGCGAGGAUGGCCAUCUUGGUGCAAAGCUGACAGCGGCAUAUGUGAAGGGCGUCCAGGAGCAAGGUGUUAUUGCCACUGCAAAGCACUUUGCUUUCAACGAGCAGGAAACGAAUCGCAUGAGCAUGGAUGCACGAAUCAGCGAACGAACCCAAUGGGAGCUGUACUAUUUGCCCUUCAGGGCAGCAGCAGAGGCUGGCGUGGGCGCCGUGAUGUGCGCAUACAACAAGGUCAACGGCACGUAUGCUUGCCACAACUCCGAAAUCCUCAAUGCUGACCUGCGCGGCAAAAUGAACUUCUCCGGGUUCGUUAUGUCUGACUGGACAGCGAUGCACUCGAAGGAUGCUUUGGGAGCAGGCUUAGACCAGGAACAGCCGGGAAUUAUCAAGAAGGUGCCCAUGCUUGGCGAGGUUGGGGUCCUUGUGGACGCCGUGAUCAAGACAUUGGCCAGACCAGUGCUGGAGACUGCGGCCAUGCAUGUCCUUACUACAAUUUUUCGUCUGCGGCUUGAUCAAGACGCGGGCUGCGCACCUCCGAACUGCACGCAGGAGCUGGCAUCUGACCAAACCAAAGCAACAACGCACGGCGAGCGCCACGAGGACAUCGCUCUGCGCGCUGCAGAGUCUGGCAUUGUUCUCCUGAAGAACGAGCAGGGGCUGCUCCCCCUGCGAAAAGGAAAGCUCCACAGGAUUGCUGUUGUAGGGAAUGCAGCUGCGGAUGAGUCGCAUGGCACGUUCGUGGGCAAAGGUUCUGGAUUUGUGAAACCAGACUCUUCUGCAAAGACGCCGCUUCAGGCCAUCGAGGAGAAGGCAGCCAAGGCGGAGAUCCAAGUCCUCAAGCCGGAAGGUGCCAGCAUCGAGGAGGCCAGCUCUCUUGCCCAAUCAGUUGAUGCCGUGAUCGUUGUCAUUGGAACUGAUGCAUCAGAAGGAAUGGACCGUGCCUCGCUUGGGCUCGGAAACUUCAGCGAUGCCAUGAUUGAAGCAGUGGCUGGCAAAGCUCCCACCAUUGUGCUUCUCCAGAUCCCGGGAGCCGUGCUAAUGCCCUGGCGCAGCCAGGUCGCUGCUGUUGCCAGCCAAUUCAUGGGUGGUGUUGCGACUGGUACUGCAUGGGCGAACUUCCUGUUUGGACAUUUUUCGCCUCGUGGAAGGCUUCCCAUCAUGAUGCCAGAAACCAGCGCCGAUGUUAUCCCUGUUGGCCUUGAUGCCGAAGUGACAUAUGCCGAGGGCCUGCUGACCUCCUACAGAUCCCCAUCCUUGCGUGCAUCAUUUCCUUUUGGCCAUGGUCUGGCGUUUACAACAUUCCAGUACUCUGGGGCACACAGGGUCGAAAAGGGCUGUGAAGCGGCCGCUUGUGUGGAAGUCUUGGUGAAGAACGCGGGGCAGUCGUCAGGCGAAGAGCUUGUUCAGGCAUAUGUUCAUUUCCCUGAGCCAACUGGUGGAGACGCAGCAUGGGUCCAGGGAACUCCAGAGAUCAUGCUAAAAGCAUUUCGGCGAACAAAGGUCCUGCAGCCAGAUGAGUCGCAAACCCUUCGUUUCGAUUUCCCUGCAAGAGACCUGAAGCUUUUCUGCUCUGAACGCGGGUGGGUACUGCAGCGCAAAAUUGAAGUUCGACUUGGAGCAUCUAGCAAGGACAUACGUCAAGCGGUUGAGGUUGAAUUGGCAAUAUCUGAGUGA